GCCCGCGCACACGCACACGCACUCGCAGUGGAAGCUGGGAGCGCGCGAGGACUCAUGGCCGCCGAGCUGCCGCUGGAGAUGUAGUUUUCUCGCCAGGAUGCCGGCCAGCUUCAUCUGUCGCGCGCUGCUCUUCGUCUCGAUCUGCGCGGCCAAAUCUCUUCCAGACCCGAAAGCAGUCGAGGUGCAAAUCAAAGUCCAGGUGUUCGAUAACAGCGACCUGUCUCCGCUAGCCGACGCGGAGGUGGUAGUUCACGGCAACCAAACUGUCCUGGCCUCCAGCCGGGCCGGCGGCGAUGGCGUCCUGAGGGUCAGCUUCCCGUACCGCACCGGAACAUGGGUCAUCAUCACGGCCUCCAAACAAGACUACGUAACCAACUCCGUGCCUUGGCACUCCAGCCGCAUCCCCCUGUAUGCAUCGGUCAGCCUGUACCUGCUGGUCCAGAGGCCAGGAACCCUCAUUUUGUACGAUGACAUCCUGCAGGUGCUCUCCGGGUCGCCAGGAGCUCGGGACCAGCCGCUGGUGCAGCUUCAGAGGAAGUCCCUCCAGCUGCCGUCCGACUCCAACUAUACGGCGCUGUCCGCCACGCUGACCACGGCCCGGACGCAGUACGAGGUCGGCGGCUUCCCCUUCCUCCUGGGCCAAGAGACCAACAGCUCGGGGGCCGAAACGGGGUGGACGGACCUGACGGCGUUGGCCGUGGUCAGCGUUCAGCUCUUCGACAAAGACGGCGUCGCGAUCGAGGUCUCCGACCCGAUCCAGAUCUCCGUGCCGCUGCCGUCCGAUACCCGCAACCGGAUGGCCACCAGUGUGCCGGCCUGGCUGUAUCAGCCUAAGACGGGACUGUGGGUUCGCAACGGGACGGGCUACAUCAAAACGGACGGCCAGCAGUUUGUGUGGAACGUCGUGGUCCCUCAGAUGGGGUACUGGCUGGCUGCGUUCCCUUCGUCCUCAGGAUUGGGUCUGUCUCAUCCCGGCCUGAGGGACAUCACCACCUACCACACGCUGUUCCUGCUCUCCAUCCUGGGCUCGCUGGCCCUGCUGGUGCUCAUCCUGCUCUGUGUGCUGCUCUACUACUGCAGGUGUGGGGAGCGUAGGCGCAGGCGGAAGUGUUUGAAACCCCGUCGCCAACAAGGGAAAGCCCACGCGGCCAAUCUAAACGGCGCCAAGAGGGACCAGGGUACGUCCACCUCGCGGCUGAAUCUGAUCUGUGGAGGCCACGCCGAGUCCGGCCCCUCCAAUGAAAAAUCCGACAUGUCCCCAUCCCGAGACUACCAGAGUUCAAGGGAGGACCUGACCAAGCACGUUCCGGCCCACAUGCUGCGACAUGGCAAGGGAAAGAAUGCCUCCGGUCCGCAGCGUGGCGAGAGCUUCCAGAUGAAGGUUACCCGAGCCACCGAGACCAACAACCUGGACAACCCCCUGCUGCACGAGGACUACAACCGGAGCUACAGCCCCAUGGAGGGCAAAGAGUCCGAAUACCACCGACACCACAGCGCCAACGACAACCGAGGGUACUCCUCUGAUCCCCCGUCCCCGCCUCGCUUCCAAGGGUACGUGCCGAGCCAGAGCGACAAGCCCCCCGAAUACUCGGCGGCGGCCUCGGACGGCCUGGCCAGGCCCACCUCCCUCAACACCCAGGCAGGUCAGAUCAUCUUCUGUAGCUCCAUCGACCAGAUGAAGGAGAACAUGUACCGGAGCAUGGUGCCAACGCUGGUCAUCCCGGCCCACUACAUGCGCCUGCCCUCCGAGUUCUCUAAAGACGGCAAGGACCACAAAGACCAAGACAAAGACGGCGCGCAGAUGGGAGGAGGCCAGCAACACCAUCACCACCACCAGAAACAAGGCCAACAAGGAGGAUCCCAAGGCGGGUCCCAAGGGGACGACUCUGAGGACCCGAGCUGGGCGUCCGACUCCUCCGGUGGACCCAUGACCAUCCCGGUGCUCUUCAACGACUCCACCAUGGCUCAGAUGAACGGAGAACUGCAGGCCCUGACGGAGAAGAAGCUCAUGGAGCUGGGUGUUAAGCAGCACCCGAGGGCGUGGUUCAUCUCCCUGGACGGACGCAACAACGCUCACGUGCGCCACUCCUACAUAGAUGCUGGGAACGACCUCAGCGGAGGGGGCGGCGGUUUGUUCAUCGGCGGCCCCGGCAGCGCUGGCCGAGACGUCAACCUCGAGCCGCCUCUGGAGGCCCAAGAGCGCAAGUCGGCGAUCAACAGGAAGGGGAAAGAAGAGCGCUGGGGGACGGGAGGACGGAAGGGCCUCAGCGCCGGCAGCGGCGGAGGGGGGAAGUGCUACUCCAAGCUGGCGUACCCCGACCGCGGCGAGCCCGGCAGCGCCGGCGAGGGUCGCCCUGUCUCUCCCGAAGAGAACUCCCUCACCCCGCUCCUGGACGAAGGUCCUUCCUCUCGAGGGUCCACCAUCCCCAGGAAGGGACGCGGCCGCGUCAACAGCAGCCGCAGCAGCAACAACAGCGAGAACCGCCGCGACUCCAUGACCAGCCCCGAGGACGACGCCGACGACAAGGACGAGAACAAGAAGAGCCCCUGGCAGAAGAUCGAAGACCGGCCUCUCAUGGUCUUCCACCCCAGGAAGUGAGACUUCUGGACUCACUGAAAAACACUUUCAACGGUCUUUUCAAAGAAAGAGAUGUGGGGAUCUUUCCACGACGAGGAUUGAAGAAGAGGUUUUUCACCCGUAGAGAAAUCACAAUUAGCACAAACACGCUCUGCUGGUCCACUGGUCGGGUUGUUGUGUUGACCUUGUGUGUUGACCUUGUGUGUUUCGCACUUUCCGAUUUCUCUCGUGGUCUCACCGUUCGUUACUCGCCCCGAGAUGAUCUAUCGUAUCCGGUUUAUUGUGAACUCUAUCACCCAUCACACCACCGAGCCGUCGUCCGAGCCAUUACACUGACUGUGGAAAUAGCCAUUUUAUAGAGCAGAAUAUGAGAACAAAGCACUUACAAAAAAUGUGAUUUAUACAAAGUAUUUGGAAGUGGAUGACCUUUCUAUGGGACUGAAGGGUGAACCCGUAAACCGACGCUCACAUAGAUGGUAGAAGACGCGCGCCAGUGUGACAACUCCACUGCCCCGAAGCUUUAACCACAAUAAGUUUUCUUAAAGGAAACGGCUUCUCGAGGCUUGAAUACGUGAUUAUUCCUCCUCUGCCCCCAUAGACUGAUCGCAAUCCACAAAAUCAGCGUGCGACCUGCGACUUGCUCCUUCUGGGACGCUCUUCCUCCCGUGCUGUGUUCAUGUGUUCCGAUUACUUAAUCACAGUGCUGAUUUGUUUUUAGGAGUCGCUCCGUCAUCAUCCCCUCUGUCACCGACUUGUUGCCAAAACGUAGACUUCUCUGCCUUUUCAUUCUCCUCUCGGCCGUUUUAGUCGACUUCUGUCGUGUAAAUAGAUCUCCUGGACGUUUGAAGGAUUGUUCUGGUUUAGAAAAUGGUUUUGCAUGCAUUUGAAUGUAUGAAAGAAACAGAAGGCAUCUAACCUCCCACACAUAUAUACACAGAGUCCUCCCCUAAUUGCCAAGAAAUCGUGAGUGAGCCUCUACAGCCAAAACACCACUUUACUUGAAGACCUGUUUGAGAUUCCACUGAGAUCCACGGGAGGGUUGGAGGGGGGGAGUUCUCACAAGGCCUGCACCACUACUCUCCUGUAAGUGCCUUCUUUCACAUAGGAUCGAGUGAUAGGCAUGCAGGUCCCUCUUUAAGAUGCGGCCCGGCAUCACCAGUAAGCACACUGCAUUGUGGGAGCAACAACACGCGACACUCUGGGGGGGGGGCACCUGUAAAAAAAAAUACCUGUUUUCCUUGCAGCUGUUACGUCCUUUAAUACCUACGUUUUAUUGUAUCUAUCCUCUUUUUUCACCAGACUUGUAAAUGGAACGAUGAACUAUAUGAGAUUUUACGGUGUAAACAACGUGCAUGUAACAUGUAGAAUAGCGUGUUUUUACUGAUUUUCUUUUCUUUUUUUAUUGAUCCAGGAUGCUUGGUCACAAAAAAAAACAAUAGAACUAAAAAUGUGACGCACUGACGCGUUAAAUCGUGUUGCCAAAAAGAACUCUGAAGAUACACUGAAUUUUUCCCUUCAUCCAGCUCUGACAAAAUUCACUUCCGGUCGUAAAUGUUUACAACGACAACCACACUGACCAACGUGCUCUUUCCAUAGAUUCUAGCAACUGUGAACCCCACCGUGUCAUCACGCAGACGAAAGCAGUUUUUUCUGUUUUUGUUUAAGGCUGUAUAAACGUCACGCUGGCUUGUUGGUCUUUUUCCUCCAUUGCUAUUCAUAAGCCUCUGUCAGCUGCCUACAAAUGUGAUGUGAAGUCUGAAGAAUAAACCACGAUCAAACGAUUCCUGCUGAAUUGUCGCGUCCACUGCUGUAAAUGUAAGUUUUUUCGGGGAUCAGAUAUUUAAUUAUUAUUAUAAUGAGUUGUGCAAUUGCAGCUUUUCCUGUUUUUGUUUGACAUGAGAGAACGUGUUUUCUCACUAUAUUUGUUUUGUGAACUGACAAGAGAUUUUACACAAGAAGUAAACCACAUCGUUGGGAGUUUUGAUGGUACAAAUAGACCCGAGGGCGAGGAGGAGAGAACUGUGCUGUAGGCCUUCACCCUGUGCGGUAAAUCAUUUGCUUCAUAAACCUGGUUAGUUGUUUGUAAACUGUAAAUUGACUUUCUGUACACGAAAUAGAAAUAAAUUUGUUUCAAUGGUCA